UGCAACGCGAUUUACGAAUUUAGGGCAAAACUGAGGAGCAUCGGGACUAAUUAAGAUCUAAGAUCGCGUAGGAUUUAUGAAAUUCUAAUUUUUGCUGUUUGGCUCCUGCUUGAGUCCUGCUCAAAUUCUGCUACCGACAGCCCCUUUUAAUCGCUGCUAAACUGUUUUCCAUGGAUCAAAUGCCCGAUCAGCCAUCGAAGGAAAUAAGUGAGACCAGUGGCGGCGACAAUGACGCCGACGAUCUACUUCCAAUCCGCCAUCUCGAGAUCUCCGACCACGGCAAGGGCUUCGUGGAGCUCCUCGGUCAGCUUAGCACCUGCCCUCCAAUCUCCGACGCCGACUUCAGCUCCCGCUUCGCUGAUCUCUCUGCACUCGGAGACGAUCACGUCAUCUCCGUGAUUGAGGAUCUGAAAACUGGUCGAAUCGUUGCUACCGGCAGCGUUUUCGUUGAGAAAAAAUUCAUUCACGGUUGCGGCAAGGUAGCGCACAUCGAGGACGUAGUCGUCGAUGCCGCAGCCCGCGGUCGAUGUCUCGGCCAGCGAGUCGUGCGAUUCCUUGCGGAACAUGCGAGGGUUGCAGGUUGCUAUAAGGUGAUUCUUGAUUGCACGUCGGAACUCAGAGGAUUCUAUGAGAAGUGCGGUUUCGUGGAGAAGAACGUGCAAAUGGCGAUGUACUUCCGUGACUGAUGUGGAUGGAUUGUAGGCAGGCAAGGUAUAUUGGUCCAUUUUUUUUUUUUCAAUCCAAGUUAUCGGCUCUGGUGGUGAUGUUGCAGUGGAUGCCACCGCUCCUCCAGUUGGAAACAACUAAUGCCUGCAAUUCUUCUAUCCACCCAAAGGCAGGUUCAUUCUAUCUACCUUUAAUUAUUUCCUUUAUUUUGCACGUUUUAUAUACAUUGUUGGAUGAUAUUAUGCAUUCACUGAAAUUUAAAGGAUAAAGACUGUUCACCACUGAGUGUAUCACUCUGCAUUGUACCUCUCAGGCCUUUCACAGCACUAACCUUUACAGUAAAGGAUAUGGUCUUUAUUAAUCCUCUUUUAAGUCUGGCUUUAAUAGCUAAGUAGCAGAGUUCCACGGCAUGUUAAUGCGUUUAUUAGUUCAUCUUUUCACAUUAUAUUCCUCCUUUUCCCCUCACUUUCUUCUUUUAGAAUACAUUAUUAAUUUAAGCUGAUAUCUUGACCCAAAUUCUCGCGUACAUUAAUCCUAUAGAGCAUUUAAAACAACCCUCAACUCGGCCUGAUAAUAUGAUAGUUGAGUGAAAUAGAAGUAGUUGUGCUCGAAU